GUCAUUUCGAGUCUAGGUUUGCAGUUCACACGUGACGGUGCUGGGAGGAGGACUGUACGAGACUGCCCUCUCUCACCACAAGGCUCUUUUACACUUACUUGGAUAUACACCAAGCUGAAAAUUGUUCCCCACGUGUGAUAAUUAUUGCUUCUGGUAGAGCGCCAGAAAUAGAAUCCAACUACGUGCUUUACGCAGAACAGCCAAACGCCCGUAAAAGUCUUAGAAUUCAACCCCCGUGGUGCGUUUUGGCUUAUAUUGAAUUUCACUAUGACCUACGUUGAAGGUUAGUGCACUAGGUGAAAUUAAUUGGAAAAAGAGUGAACGGUGUGUGCCUCUCUCCCCCUCGUUACAAGAUUCCUGCAUGAGUGGGUGGGUGUGGAGCAGCGUGGAUUACUCGCGGAACACCAUCGUCUUAUUAGAGUCUAUGUCCUGUCUUAAGAAGCUGCCAGUAGUAGUUGUAUUGGAGGUCAGAACAAGUCGUUUCAGAUAUGAUUGAAAUGACAGCGAAAGGUCUCCUCCCAGGAGCGUGAAGUGAUUGCUCCUCUACACAAGUGCACUGAAAAAAAAGGCUCGUUUUGAAGUGAAUUCCAAGUCACAUCUCUUGAGGAAAGCUUAUUAGGAAAACCAACAAAAUUAUCAGGAAAGCUCUAGUUAGGCAUAUUUGCCUUCCACCUCUAGAAAUUGAGUGCGCCCUCGGGUGUGCAGUUGAGUGCAUGAGUGCGUCACCCAUAGUAGAGGAAAUAGAUAUUAGUGGUUCGGGAGCUUAUAUCUCCUCCAAGAUCGUGGAGUCGAGCUUGAGAAAGUUGCUGGGGCGCGCGUCGGGCCGCACACCACCGGGGCGCGACCUGGCCUCUACCAAUACACCAGACACACGCAAGGUGUGUAGAGUGUGGGGAGGCGGGUCGGGGUCGGGGCUGUGCUGGGCCGCGUCAGCCGCCACGGUGGAGUCGCGAGGCGGGAGCUCCGGCGGCGUGUCGGGGGCUCUGCCGCCUCAGCCCCACUCCAAUAACAACCCCCCGCCCCCGCCCCCGCCACAUCAACCCCCGCCACAGCCUCCUCAGCAACCUCACCAACAGCAACAGCCUCACCAACAACAGCAACCUCAACAAGCACAGCCUCAGCCAGCCAUCGCAGCAGCCGCUCUCCCAGCUGCUGGUAAUAACGGGCAAGCACAGCACGCCCAGCAGCAGCAGCAACCCCAGCCAGCGCCUAACGCAGGCAACGCUCAUCAACCUCAUCUCCCUCAGCAGCAUCAACAGGCGGCGGCGGCAGUUGCAGUAGUUGCGGCGGCGGCAGCAGGUGCUCCUCAGCCCCACCAAGGGCCGCCGCCACUGGCUGCGGCAGCGGCACACGUGGCCGCACCUCACGCGGGUGUCCAGCAGCAGCAGCAGCACCCAGCCGUGCCGCAUCAGGCCCAUACCCCCCCUGCCCACCACCCAGCUUUGGUGGGUCACGCUCACUCAGUUCACGGCGGCGGAGGAGGAGCAGGCCACGUGUCUUCAGGAGGCGUCAGCAUGUCGGUGUCCCGGGUUCCUUCCCCUCUCCCUCCAGAGAAUAAUAUGCCUGUAGCUGAGAACUGGUGCUACACUCAGGUGAAAGUAAUCAAAUUCAGUUAUAUGUGGACCAUCAAUAACUUCAGUUUCUGCAGAGAGGAGAUGGGAGAAGUUCUUAAGUCCUCUACUUUUUCUGCCGGUGCCAAUGACAAACUAAAAUGGUGUUUACGUGUGAACCCAAAGGGUCUGGAUGAAGAAAGUAAGGACUACCUUUCUCUUUACCUUCUAUUGGUGUCAUCCAAUAAGUCAGAAGUUAGAGCCAAAUUCAAAUUCUCUAUACUCAAUGCUAAGAGAGAAGAAACUAAAGCUAUGGAGAGCCAAAGAGCAUAUAGAUUUGUGCAGGGAAAGGACUGGGGCUUUAAGAAAUUUAUACGGAGAGAUUUCCUCUUAGAUGAAGCCAAUGGGUUGUUACCUGAUGAUAAAUUAACUCUAUACUGUGAGAUCCAAUGUGCGCAGGUCUCGGUGGUUGCAGACAGCGUGAACAUCUCGGGGCAGAGCAAUGCUAUACACUUCAAGGUUCCUGACUGCCGGCUUUCUGAUGAUCUCGGGGGUUUAUUCGAGUCUCAACGGUUUUCUGACGUGACGCUUUCAGUAUCUGGCAGGGAAUUUCAGGCACACAAAGCUAUUCUUGCAGCACGAUCACCAGUGUUUGCUGCAAUGUUUGCGCACGAAAUGGAAGAAAGAAAACACAAUCGAGUAGAAAUUCAAGAUGUCGAUCAUGAAGUUUUACGGGAAAUGCUACGCUUCAUUUACACAGGGAAAGCGACCAACUUAGAAAAAAUGGCCGACGACCUUUUAGCAGCGGCAGACAAAUAUGCACUGGAGCGGCUGAAAGUGAUGUGUGAAGAAGCAUUAUGUACGAACCUGAGCACUGAAAAUGCUGCAGAUGUUCUAAUACUUGCUGACCUCCAUUCUGCAGAUCAACUUAAAGCUCAAGCCAUAGAAUUUAUAAAUACACAUGCAACAGAUGUUAUGGAGACCCAAGGAUGGAAAUCUAUGAUACAGUCGCAUCCACAUCUUAUUGCUGAAGCAUUUAGGGCAUUGGCUACUCAACAAAUUCCACCCAUUGGGCCCCCUCGCAAAAGGAUAAAAGCCAGUCCCUGAGUCUGGAUGGCAACACUUCCAGAUUCCCAUUUGUAGGCUUGGCCGUUACCCCCGGCACCCCUGGCCUCCCCACCUGGCCACACACUCACACUUGGUCUGACUUAAUUGGCUCUUUUUGAUCUUCGGUGUAGCAUACACCAGAAGAAAAAAUUGCGUCAUGGAUCAGUGUUGCGAAGCUCCUUGCACUAAUUGGAGUGAGUGGUGUUAAAAGCCAAGCUGUGUUCCAGGCCAUGAGAAGACAGUGUGUGAUGGUGGGGCCUGGUAGGGGGAACCAGGCCUCUCAUCCCACCAGUCAACAGAGUACAAUCAGGGGACAAAAGUCCCUGCCCACUCAGGUUGGUAGGGCUGCAGUCCCUCUACUGCGCCCAGUUGCUCCUGCCCCACAAAAAGUCCACCAAAUGAUCUCAUUGGGGCCUGUGCUGCACACAAAUUCCUUUUAAAAGCCACAAACUGCAGUGUGCAGGCACCUAACUCGGAAGUGCAUGUGUGUCUUUGUGUAGAUAUCUGUGAUUUAGCAAGUGAUGGCCCAAAACAUUGAACUCUUGCUUGAGUCUUGGACCUUCCACUCAUUACUUUGCUAAUUAUUGUUGUUAUUAUGUGUGGCACUCUCUCGUCUUUCAAGCUAGCAAGCCAGGCUAAUAGAUGGAAAAUGUAAUACAGGCAUUUCAGGGAGUUGAGGAAAGAAAACAAUUGGAAAAAACAGAAACAGGAGCCUUGUUUUUUUAGUGACACCAAAGUAGCACCUUGGAGGGUUUAGUGAUGUUUGCAUUCUUCCCUCUGGGUCAAUGUACUGUUGGCUAGUUGAAGCAUCCUACUCCUGUGUUGUGAAUAAUUCAAAUUUGUUAUGUUUUACAGGAGGAACAUUAUGGAUAUCUUGGAAGCAUCUUUUCUAUGAAAAAUCAUCUGCAAUGUACAACUUUACAUUAGAUUGAGCUUUUGUAGCUAGAUGCAGUAGACAAGGUGUACUCUUGAUUCUGAGAAUUUAUUAAAAGAAAGACAAAUAUGUAGUGUACAGUUACUUUAAAGUGUGCUGUCUUGAUUCCACCGAUUUCAGCUUAGGCUGAUUUAUAUUUACAAUAUACAGUAUGUAUCAAUAGCAUCAUUAAGCUUCACAGGGUAUUCUCAGUCAAUAACAUGGAGCCUAUUCAAGAAUGUUUAGAUGUUUAUUAAAAUGAUUAGUGUGCAAAAGUAUAAGGAAGUACUUGAUUGUGUUGGAACAUUUUGAAUGAAGUGAGAAAUAAAAGUGGAUGGUGUAAAUGAAAGUGUUUUGAAAUUAAGAUCAUUUGUAGCAAGAUUUUUUAAUGUUUUGUUGUCAAGAAUUUUGUGAGCUCCUGUAUUUACCUGUGAAGAGCAGGCAGUGAACAAUUUGUGCCAUGGUGUAGCUUACGAGAACAACCCACCCAGACCAGCUAGAACAUAAGUCUGUCAUUUCAUGUGUGUUCCGAUUUAUUAGAAAUGCCCAUAUAAAUGCUAGCUAGGCCACAAAAUACCAAUCUCAAAUCUCCCAAAGAGUUUCACAAGCUGAAUUGAUAGCUUUGAUCUGCAUUAAGAAUCCCAGUUGAUUCAUCUGCCGCCGUGCCAUGUUAUCCACCCAGCAUCAUUGUACUCAUACGUUAUGAUUUGUUUACUGUAAACUUGUGCCAGAUGUACCUCAGUUGCCAUGAGUUCUAAUGUUAGAUUACUACUCAUGGCUUGCUCAUUCUGAAGCUCUCCUCUCUGACUAGUUGUUUUAUGCUGAAAUUUAGUGGUCAGCUUCAUUGAUAUUUUGUUCCUGCAGCAUUCUGCAGUAUAGUUAUUGGGCAUCCCUAGUGAUAAACUGAAUUAUGUUGACCACCAAAUUAUCAGCCAUAAUUACAACCCAAUCAUUCCUGUUGUAGCAAAUCAAACUCAUAAGCAAACUACAAGUUUGGUAACAAUAGUCAUGCAACAGUUCAAAUAUAUGUUAAUUUAUGUAAUUUCUAGUACAAAGUGAAUGUCUUCUCAUCUUCCAUUUCCUUUUGCUUACUUCAGUAAUCUGUGAAUUCAGAAAUAUUUGGACAAGUUGGCUUUGUGCCACACAAAUUUGCAAUUUUCUUUAAAAUAUAAAAAAUACUUUGAUCAUGUAAUGUCCAGAAUUGCCUGAUGGUAUUUAAUGGGAAUCUCAAGUCAGUUCUUGCAAGUAAUGUUGUGUAUCUGUUCUCAAAUUUAGUUACCUAACUGAUUAGAUAGCAAAAAAGAUAAAAUACAUUUGAUAGAACAUUAUAAAGGGCUUCCACCCAAAGGAUACCUUAUUGACGUACUAGUGGUAGAAUUGGAUGUGCUCUGGCUAAUGAGAUAAAUUUGACGUUAAUAUUGAUUUCCUUAAACACUUUGAACAAUAUUAUUUUUAAUUUAUCUGGGAAAUAGUUUUAUUUUUAUUUUUUUUUUAUAAUAUUUUUGUACAUGGGUAAAUGUCACUAACUGUAGGAGCUUGGUCAGAAUAAUGUCCCCAUGGCCUUCCUCCUACCACCAUAACUGACAGUGGGAAACUGCUCUGGCGAGGUUGUGUAUUGGCCAUACACGCAUAACUCCUGGACACUUAAUGGAGCGCCAUCCUGCUCAUUAUUAUCCAAACUCAUUGCCCCUCUUACAGUCGUGCAUAUCCUUGUCGAGUGUCCUAACUUCCUGGACGAACGUGUCUUGCUUCCCGACCAUCCCUCGCGGUCACUUGUCCCUUGAUAGAAUUCUUGGAGAAUCAGAUACGUUUGAUGUCAUUCGCCUUAUGCAUUUCUGUUCUCGUACUGGCAUCCUUAGUGAUAUUUAGAGCCCUAUGAUUGUCCCACACAUUUGAUGGUGCUACAUAGCCUUCCCGGCUUGGUGCCUCCUUUUGAUAAUUACAUUGCAUUACAUUAAAUGCUUUCCAUUUAGUUAAUCUGAACAUCUCAUUAUAAUUGUUCCGAAUCACAUUGACCAUGUUGAAUGUAUUCCCUGGAGACGGCUCAUUUUAUUUCUUUAAAUACUGUAUACACAACUGCGUAGAACUGGCUGCUUCAUAGAUUCCUUGAAAAUAUUUCACAAUUACUGUAAUCUUUGUUGAGAUAUAUUUCAUACCCCAAAUUGGGGGAGGCUAAACAUUAAAUUUAUUGUAUCCAAAUGGUGGCACGAGUGGUGGAGGCAUGGUGGCUGGUCUGGGCUGGCUCUUAGUGUGUCGGCGCCCGGGUAUGACAUAAGUGUCUGCCGCCACACUGGUCCUGCAGGUCAUGUGAUGGUAGGCUCUGUGAGUCUCUACCUCUGUACUCUUACACUGAAGAACUCCCAAUGAACCAAUAAAGUUGGUUAAAUGAA